UUUUUUAUUUACACAUGGUCAGUGUCUACGAUUUUUUUACUAUUCUCUCACUAACAUUGCGAAUUUUCACAACCCCGGGCAAUUUUGCGAAAUGAUCGUUACAAUAGAUAUUAUUUUUUAUAAAAGAUGAUGUACAAGUAAGUUAUUUUUAUACACUACUAGAAACACAACAAACAGUACAAAUUGAGCAAGUACAAAGUUCAGAAACCUCAGCGAAAAUCAGGAUUAACAAUGACAAUAAGUGUCCGACGGUGUUUUCGACAAUGACAAGAUGAGCGAAACUCUGAGCCAAGACCCUGAAUUGAACACGGGGUACACGAACUUGGCGCCUUCCUACCCUCCGACUCCUGCAACCCCGAGUUCGACCGUCCAGGAUGGACCUGCAGGGGCGAAUCUUCCCCCGUUUUCGAGCUUCACCUCGGAGAUGGACUCCAACGCGGCGUUUAACACCGCCACUGACCGGCUUUUCAGCGACACGAGACUCCUCGACAUAUCAAACUGGGAUUAUUACACGGAAGCCCGACUUUUAGACCGCGGCGAAAACGGCCUUUCCAUCAUCUCCUCGCAGCCCCAAUACCGGCCAUGGGAGUCCAAAUCGGUGGACUCCUCCACAGGCUUCACCUCCACCACCCCCGUCAACACCUUCGCCGAUGCCUUCAACCAGAACGGAGUCUCCAAAUUACCCUCAUUCCAAUCACAAUUCCAGACUUUUAACGAAGCUGUCACAACAACUGAGCCAACUUUAACAACACUCACAAACCUAACUCCCGUCUCCCCCAACUCUUCUAGUCCCAGUUUAACCCCGUUAAACUCCAACUUUCACACCUUAAGUGCUGUUAACCGGGGGUACCCUUUGGUGCCGGCGCCCAUUCAAGCCCGGGAAAUCCCCUCGAUCCAGCAGCAAUUCCUGGAUGAGCGCCACAUCCAGCUCUACACCCAUCCCCCGAACCUCAACAGUACCAUCCACUUCCCGGCCCAGAACGGUACCAUCAUCCAGAACACUCCACUGAUCACAUCCCCGACCGUUGUCACUGUGCUCAAAUCCGAGGAUGCGGGACUCAAAAUCCAGAACCUCCCCCAAUUCCAGAACCCCAUGGUCAGUGAUAACGGGAUUUACAACGGACUGGAUAAAAAACUGAACGGUAUAAGUGCUACGAUGAGUUCGCCGACGAGAAACGACUUCCGGAAGAAAGAACGGCGAAAAAUGCGCGCUUCCAGCUUGGAAAGCUCCGCCGAGAGUGAUGGGGCUUCCAGCAAUAUGGAAAUGUCGGAGAAUUCGGGACAAGUGGCCGCCGUCUCCAGCACGGCCGGCUUUAAAACGCAUCAUAGUCUCGCUGGGAAUAACUCGGUGGAUCUUGACGAGAUCAGUGGUGGAAAUGUCGAUAAACAAGUCAAGAAGAAACGGAAACGGUGCGGUGAAUGCAUCGGAUGUCAGAGGAAGGACAAUUGUGGUGACUGUGCUCCGUGUCGGAACGACAAGAGCCACCAGAUAUGCAAGCAGAGGAGGUGCGAAAAACUCACCGAGAAAAAGAAUCUGUACGGAGAUGCGAGUUACCUUCGUGGAGAGUCAAGACGCGGCCGGGGAAAGGGACGAGGUGCUGGGAGCUACCGCGGAAGGAAGCCCAGCGGGCCCAUAGCAUCGGUACCUUCAGGGCCUCCCAGUGGCGUCCCUCAGGAGUCCAACGGGAACGUAACGAUAAUCUCCAAUCAACAACAAGCGACGAGACCUAGUCCUCAACCCCCGACAGCCACCGUACAACAAGCCAUUCCCGUCCAACAACAGUCUCCAAUGACGCCGAUGCCUUUCUACGCGGACCCCAACAGGUUCCCCGCGCCGGUCUGGCAAACCGACCCCACGCAAGCCUGGACCCAGGGGCAGUUCAUCCAGCAGAUCCCUGCGGGUACCCAACCACUGGAGACCUACCAGCAGUACCCCAAUGGUAUCUACCAAGCGACGUACCAACAGCCCACCUUCGAGACCAACACGUUCUACACCGGGGCGGUCCAAGUACUCACACGGCCUCCAAGUGCCCCAAACCAAACCCAAGUUACUCCAAGACCCAACUCGAACUACUCCCAUACUCCCAGUCCGGCUCCCUCCAACCGGCAGUACCAGGAGUACAACCCCCAGAAUCAAAAUUUCGUAUCGCCGGCGACGACCCCUUCAGGAAACCCCGAGAACGUCUCUCGGCCCAGUUCGGUGAACUCCACGGCAAGCAAUCAAAACUUCAGUCAAAGUAGUACCAACUUCACGUCAGUGUCGUCACCCUCCAAUUACGCGAAUUCGGGAAACGCCCAGCCUGGGUAUCCACAAGUGAACAGCAGCCCGCAGCUAGCUUCACACAGCUCUAGUGGAUACCCAGGCAGUGGUCAAUUCAGCGGAACUAGUCAGGAAAUGUGGCAGGAGAACGUCUGGCAAGAAGAAGUUAAACCCGAGGAGCAAGCCACCGAUCGAGUCAAUCUCAAUACUCGGAUAAAAACCAUGAUAUUGAGCAAACAGCAGGAGAACAGUGAUGAGAAAAAAGUCGAAAACACCGGUCAUUUUUUAUGGUAUAGCCACCAUCACCGUUUCAGAGUGAACGGUGGUGGUGGCGCCAAUUUAACCACAACCAAACCAAAGCAACUCCCAAAAAAGCGAUAUUCUAGUCCCUACGAAAACGAAAUUCCUUAUUGCAACUGCGUCAAGGCGGGGCGAGGCGCAGCCGAGCCCGGAACCUACUACACGCAUCUAGGAUGCGCCAACAACUUGAUCAAUCUGAGACAUGAUUUGGAAACUCGGACCGGAGUCAAAGGACGAGCCAUCCGGAUCGAGAAAAUCAAAUACACCGGAAAGGAGGGCAAGACCGCACAAGGCUGUCCCAUAGCAAAAUGGGUGAUCCGUCGCUCGGGCAGCGACGAAAAAUACCUAAUCAUCGUGAAGCACCGCCCCGGCCACUCCUGCCCCUCGGCCUUCAUCGUGGUGUGCAUCGUGAUGUGGGACGGCAUCCCCCACCCCACCUCCGACGACCUCUACACCCUCCUCACGUCCAAACUCAACAAAUUCGGCGUUUCCACCACACGUCGUUGCGCCACCAACGAGUCCAAAACCUGCGCUUGCCAAGGCCUAAACCCCGACACUUCCGGCGCCAGUUUCAGCUUCGGCUGCUCCUGGAGCAUGUACUACAACGGUUGCAAAUACACCCGCUCGAAAUUCGUCCGGAAGUUCCGCUUGAACGUCCAACCGGAGGAGAGAAUCGUCGAGGAGAAACUCCAAAUUCUGGCGACGUAUUUGAGUCCGAUCUACCGGAGGCUGGCUCCGAUGUCGUUCCGGAACCAGUGCUUUUAUGAGGACGUGGGGAAGGAAUGCAGACUGGGGUUGAGGCCAGGACGGCCGUUUUCCGGAGUCACGGCCUGUCUGGAUUUUUGUGCACAUUCGCACAAAGAUUCGCACAAUAUGGCCGACGGGUGCACGGUUGUCGUCACUCUGACCAAACACAGAACGGGGGAAAAACCGGAGGAUGAGCAGUUGCAUGUCUUGCCCUUGUAUGUGGUGGAUACCACCGAUGAGUUUGACUCCGAGAGGGGGCAGGAGGAGAAGAUACGUAUGGGGAGCAUCGAAGUGCUGACCAAGUUCGAGACUGAGGUCCGCACUAGCCCAGCCGCCGCUCAAAAGCCAAAAAAACGCACCAAAGCUCCGCCAAGUAGCGUUUUCGAAACGCCACCUCCCGAGCCCGAAAGCGUCUACACCAAUUCGUAUUUAGUAAAAUUGAACAAAGCCGCGAAAAAGCUGUUCGCCAGUUACCCAAGUGAUCAUUCAAUACCUCCAGCCGCCGGCUGCUACUCUUCAGGAUUCACAAAUCUGCCAUAUUACAAUCCAAUCGAGAAUUAUUUUACUACAGUAGGGAAUUUGUUAUCAUCGAAACUGAAUCAAGUACAAACCAGCAGCAGCAGCGAGAAUUCGGAGUGCUUCACGGACGCCAGCGUCGGGGGCGUCGCCAUCGCCCUGGAGCACGGCAGCGUCCUCCUGGAGUGCGCCCGCCACGAGGUGCACGCCACCACCGCGCUGAAAAAGCCCAACCGGAAAAACCCCACGCGCAUUUCCCUAGUUUUCUACCAGCACCGGAACUUGAACAAGACGCGACACGGAUGGGACGAGUUUGCAAGGCGACGGAUGAAAAUCCCCCACCCAGAGAGGAUUUUUCGUUUUUCCCCGGGACUAAAUUGAUGUUAACAGUGCCUCAUGAUCUCAAAAGUCGAGUAAAUUUCCCACAAGUACAAAUAUAGGAUUCCGUUCAACCGAUCGAAUGUGCGCAUUUAUUUAUUUUAGUUAAUUUAUUGUUGAGACACGACUGCCAUACUUUAAGUGCGGAUUUGUUUUUAUUUUAUUUUAGGGUAGUUUUGUAGGUGUUGUUGAGUCGCCAAAUAGAGAUCGUUUUCGUGAUUUUUGCCUUUUGUGACCCUGCUUCACGUUAAAGAUAUAUAUUUUUGCCCACACACGUGAACAUGGUAUUGAAAAUAAUGAAGAAAUUAAAUUCUAUUGUGAAAAAUUGUAUAGAUGAGUAGCACCGAGGUUCGACUCCAAUUCAGGUGUGCUCGCUGUGUGCAUUUUACGAUAUAGGAUUUAUUCUUUGUAGUGUUGGAAAUAUAUUUUUGACAUAAAGAAAGAAUAUUUAUAGUGUUCUUAACAUGCCUACAAAUAAAUUAUUGUAUAGUGUUAGUCCUCAGUCAACUUGAUCCUAAAAAGAUAAUUUUAUAAUUACGUUAAUGAUAAUGAAGAGAGAAAAAUGAUGCCAAAUAUUUUAAGCUAGUUAUUAAAAAUUCGUAAUUUAUUAUUUAUUGAAAACCUUUCUUCCAGGCCAGUAUAGGCAGCCACGGUUUUUUAUGUAAAAAUAGCAUAGAGCAUCUCGUAGGGCUUGGGAUUGGGAUUUCGUUAAAGGGCUUUUCGUGCAUCAAUCGCUGGAAAUCACCCGAAUCUUGCCAUUUCGUAGUUCACUCGUGCAAUAAUAAUCUCAUCAAGUCGGUACAAUCAAGCACGAAAAACUUGUUUAACUAAAUCAACAAUCAUUUUUUAUUAUUACAUUGUACAUAUAUUUUUACACAAUUUUUUUAGGUGAAUAUUUAUUGAAUUUUGGAGACCGAAAAGCAAUCCUAAAUACUGUACAUAUGACAAUGAGAGGGUCCUUUCAUCUUUUUAUAAUUUCGCUCAUUUGUAAAAUUGAUAAUCAUGACGAAUACCAUUAGAUGAAGCAAUAUUGAUCGAUUCAUAUCACGUGGAAGUACCCGCUCACUAAUAUGUCUUUUGAUGAAUGAACAAAAAAAAUCAUUUGUAUUUCUAGUUAUAGAUUUUUUAGUUUAGUAUUAAGGAACAAAUUAAUAUGUGUACUGUCUUGUGAAUACAUUUAUAUAACAUAAAUGUCUUUCUUACUUAGA